AUGAAAGUCCAUUAUAUUAAUAUAUUAUUGUUUGCUCUUCCAUUAAAUAUAUUGAUAUAUAAUCAAAGGAACCAUAACAGCACCACACAUCAUACAUUAAAAAUACCAAUCACUAGAUUAUUAUGCGAAUGUGAAUUAUAUGAACUUGCCAACUAUGAUAAUGACCCUGAAAUGAAAGAAGUCAUGCAACAAUUUGAGGAUCGUACAACACAACGAUUUCACGAAUAUGACGAAAGGAUGAAAACUACACGCCAAAAAUGUAAAGAUAAAUGCGAUAAAGAAAUACAGAAAAUUAUAUUAAAAGAUAAAUUGGAAAAAGAAUUAAUGGACAAAUUUGCCACACUACACACAGAUAUACAAAGUGAUGCUAUUCCAACAUGUAUUUGCGAAAAAUCCUUGGAGGACAAAAUGGAAAAAGAAUGCUUGAAAUGUGCACAAAAUUUGGGAGGUAUUGUUGCACCCUCUACAGGAGUAUUAGGUGAAAUUGCUGCACUUGCUGUAAAUGCCUGGAAAACUGAGGCAAUUGCUGCCGCUACGAAAGCUGCUAUAGCUAAGGGUACAGCUAAGGGUUUGGCUGCAGGUGCUGCUAAGGGUGUGGCUGAAGUAAUUGCACAAGUAGAAUCACAAUUUCGUUUAUCAACUAUAGGUGUUAAGGAAUUGGGGUCAAUUUUUAAUGCAUCAAAUUAUACGAAUGAGACUUUCAUUAGUGGAUAUAUUUAUGCUCAAUAUCAAGGGUCGCAAUGUGGAUCUCUUUCUAUGUUACUUGGCAAGAGCAAGCCUUUUUGCACUUUUGUGGAAGGACGAAUUUUUGCUACAUCGGUACGUGUAGGUAGGAGUUUUUCACCCGAAGAUUUUAUAAAAACAACUGUACAAACUAUCGUCAAAAAUGCCAAAACUACUGCUGAAGCUACAAAGGCUCAGGUGGCUUCCGCUGAAAAAGCAGCAGUUUUAGAAACAAGCAAGAAGGCUAUAGAAGCUACAACUACUCCUUACUAUACUCCUAUAAUAGUAUCAAUAGUUGCAAUAGUGGUCAUAAUUUUAAUUAUGGUAAUAAUAUAUAAGAUUUUACGUUAUCGACGAAAAAAGAAAAUGAAGAAAAAACUGCAAUAUAUAAAAUUAUUGAAAGAAUAG